AUGUAUAUCACAAAGAGAAUAAAUCCUCUAAGCCGCAAAAUUAUAUUUUGGGGCUCAAAAUAUCAUCAAAUUUACAUAAAUGGCCCAUUUGGGCUUCCCGCCUUUUCUAGAUCCUAUUUAAAAUCAAAGCUCCUUCCCCAAAUUCAAUUGGAACACAAACCCCAUUCUCAUCCUAGAUUAACCGUUUAUGACCAUAACAAAAAAAUCACUAGUCUUGGCCGUCAAGGUAAAGUAGAUGAGGCCCGGAAGGUGUUUGAUGAAAUGCGUCAGAGAGAUGUAGUCUCGUAUGCGUCAAUGAUUAGUGUUUAUAUUAAGAAUAAGGAGCUGGUGAAAGCUGAGAAACUUUACGGUUCCAUGCCGGAGAGGAAUGUCGUGUCCGAUUCUGCAAUGCUUCAUGGUUAUGCCAAGGCUGGGAGAAUAGGCGAGGCUCGGAUAAUCUUUGAUCAAAUGCCUGACAGGAAUGUGUACUCUUGGACCAGUUUGAUUUCGGGAUAUUUUCAGAUUGGAAACGUAGACGAGGCACGCAGGUUAUUUCAGCAGAUGCCUGAGAAAAAUGCAGUGUCAAGGACUGCAGCAUUGCUGGGCUUUGCUAGAAAUGGGUUGAUUGAUGAAGCACGCAGUGUGUUUGAUGAAAUGCCCUGUGUAAAUGUUAUAGCUUGGACUGCAAUGAUCAGGGCUUAUGUUGAGAAUCGUCAAGUUGAUACAGCACUUGAACUCUUUAAUCUGAUGCCAGAGCGUAAUUUAUAUUCAUGGAAUGUUAUGAUUCAAGGUUGUUUGGAUUAUUAUAGGGUAGACGAAGCUUUGGAACUAUUUAAUAGAAUGCCGAGGAAAAAUGAGGUUUCUUGGACCACAAUGGUAACUGGUCUUGCACACAAUGGGUUGACUGAAUUGGCAAGGAAGUACUUUGAUCAAAUGCCAUAUAAAGAUGUGGCUGCCUGGAAUGCUAUGAUCACUGUUUAUUCUGGUGAAGGCCUGAUGGGCAAAGCUUCUGAGCUUUUUGAUUUAAUGCCAAAUAAGAAUCUUGUUAGUUGGAAUGCUAUGAUUGAUGGAUAUGCCAAAAGUGGACCCGAGGGUGAAGCCUUGAAGUUUUUUCAAUCCAUGCUUAGGUCUGGAAUAAGGCCAAACCAGACUACUAUCACCAGUGUCAUGACUUCAUGUAUGGGUGUUCUUGAGUUGUUGCAGGUUCAUGCACUUGCUUUACUGCUGGGUUUUGAGAACGAGACAUCCCUCACUAAUGCUCUGGUCACCAUGUAUUCUAGGCAUGGAGAUCUUAGCUCUUCAAUCAUGGCUUUCGAGAAUCUUAACACAAAGGAUGUUGUGUCAUGGACUGCAAUGAUUCUCGCAUAUGCUUACCAUGGCCUUGCUAAUCAAGCAUUACAGACCUUUGCACGGAUGCUAAGAUCAGGAAAUACGCCAGAUGAGAUCACAUUUGUUGGUGUCUUGUCCGCUUGUAGUCAUGCCGGUCUGGUUAUGAAAGGUCAGAAGCUUUUCGAUGCCAUGGGUCAUGCCUAUGACCUAAAACCGAGGGCCGAGCAUUAUUGUUGCCUUGUAGACAUUUUAGGGAGAGCUAGGCUUCUUGACAAGGCUAUGAUGGUGGUGGCACAUAUGCCACCAGAGGAACGCGAUGGAGCUGUCCUAGGGGCAUUACUAGGUGCCUGCAAGCUGUAUGGGGAUGCUGCGCUGGCAAGUCAGAUUGGCAAUGAACUAAUAGAGCUUGAGCCAAGUAGUUCAGGAGGAUAUGUGCUCUUGGCAAAUGCGUAUGCCGCUUCUGGGAAAUGGGACGACUUUGCACAGGUACUUAAGAAGAUGAAACGGAGGGAAGUGAAGAAAGUACCCGGGUUCAGUCAAAUAGAAGUUAAUGGUAAAUAUCAUGUGUUUUGUGUGGGAGACAGGUCUCAUCCUGAAAUGAAUGAGAUUUAUAAGGUGUUGCAGGAGAAGCUUCAGCCUUUGAUGCAGGAAACCGUUUUAAGAGAUCAAAAGCCGCUCUUUACUGAUGUACUUUCACAGCAGAGUGAAGAGUACUUUUCAUUCACUUGAUCAUACUCAAGUUCAGUUUAGCUGAAAGAUCAAUACAGAGGUGGUUCACUGGUAUUCAGGAUAAUAAAAGCCGAAAUUGUCAGAGAUCUUGUCUUCUUUUUUUACAACACAACAUACCCUGAGGUUCUGCACUGAUAUUUAUCACUGAAAGAAUGCCAUGAUAACCAACUUGUAAUACUGUUUACAGAUUUCUGUGGACUUUAUGGUGA